GAGCCCGUAUUUUUCUGAUCCAGCUCAUUGGGAUGGAGAGAAAGCAGUGCAGAGGAAAAGAAGGAACCAAGCAAGCCACCCUAGCUACUCUUACUCCCCUUUAAGGCUGCCUGGUUACGGUCCUGGGAAGAAAACCCCUGCAUUCCUCCCCUUUAACUGGGCGUAUUGUGAAGGCAUUGGAGCAGCUAAUCCUCACAGACCUGUAGGAGCUGGAGAGGGAGCACCUGGAGCCUGCUUCUUGAUUCUUGAUUCUUCCGAAUCUGAAUCCCUGGCGACCCCAGCAGUUUCAACUCUGGAGGCGAUGGGGCGAAAGGAAGAAGAUGACUGCAGCUCCUGGAAGAAACAGACCACCAACAUCCGGAAGACCUUCAUCUUCAUAGAGGUGCUGGGCUCAGGAGCUUUCUCAGAAGUGUUCCUGGUGAAGCAGAGGGUAACUGGGCAGCUGUUCGCUCUGAAGUGCAUCAAGAAGUCACCUGCCUUCCGAGACAGCAGCCUGGAGAACGAGAUUGCUGUGUUGAAGAAGAUCAAGCACGAGAACAUUGUGACGCUGGAGGACAUCUAUGAAAGCACCACUCACUACUACCUGGUCAUGCAGCUUGUUUCCGGCGGGGAGCUCUUUGACCGGAUCCUGGAGCGAGGGGUCUACACAGAGAAGGAUGCCAGUGUAGUGAUCCGGCAGGUCUUGGCAGCAGUGAAAUACCUCCAUGAGAAUGGCAUCGUCCACAGGGAUUUGAAGCCUGAAAACCUGCUGUACCUCACCCCUGAGGAGAACUCGAAGAUCAUGAUCACAGAUUUUGGACUGUCCAAGAUGGAGCAGAGUGGCGUCAUGUCCACAGCCUGCGGGACCCCAGGCUACGUGGCUCCAGAAGUAUUGGCCCAGAAGCCCUACAGCAAGGCUGUGGACUGCUGGUCCAUCGGCGUCAUCACCUACAUACUGCUGUGUGGAUACCCACCCUUCUACGAAGAGACCGAGUCUAAGCUGUUCGAGAAGAUCAAAGAAGGCUACUAUGAGUUCGAGUCUCCAUUCUGGGAUGACAUUUCUGAAUCAGCCAAGGAUUUUAUCUGCCACUUGCUGGAGAAGGACCCUAACGAGAGGUACACCUGUGAGAAGGCGUUGAGGCACCCCUGGAUUGAUGGAAACACAGCCCUGCACCGGGACAUCUACCCAUCCGUCAGCCUUCAGAUCCAGAAGAACUUUGCCAAGAGCAAGUGGAGGGAACUUCAAGUCCGAGGUCAUGGUGCCAGUAAAAGCUGGGGGCAGCUCCCACUGCCGAGUGGGACAGACUGGGGUCUGCCUCAUUAUGUGAUCCUUGGAGCCAGCACCUGUCACUGUGGUUUGCAGGAGACGCCUUCAGCUCCUCUCUGCCUCCAGCCCUGGCCUCUACCUGCAGAGGGAGGAGGGGAGCCAGUAGAGCAGGGCCUGGCAGGAGUGUUCAGCCAGAAGCAGCAGCCACCUGGAGCCCAGGAGAGGGCCCAAGGCCUACGCCCCUGACCACCUGCUGUGUUCCCCAUACCCUAGCACUGUUGGGCUCUGUGCAGUGCACCUAGAUAGCUCCCCUGGGCCUGUUUCUUGUGAAAAGCUUCAUGGGCUGGCCAGGCCCACGCAAAGCCAUACAGAGUUUCUGCUCUGAGUCCCCAUCUGCUCACGCUUGCUCCUGCCUCGUUGGCCUCCUAGCCAGUGGCCAGACCAGGCUCCCUACUACAGCUUCUUGCCUCCCACAUGAACACAAGACAGCUCCCAGGUCAGACUGGGUGCUCGCACAACUCUCAGCCUGACCCCGGGUGUCUGCUCCCACACCUCAGAUCCUUCAUCCAGCCUCAAUCUAAAAGUGCCACGCUCCAAAAGUCGGGUGGAAAGGAACCCGGGACUGGGAACCCUAGGACUCCUCCUCCUGGCCACACACCCUCCACAUAUGCCAAAAGCUACUUUCUUUUCAUUCAGAAAUUCUUAUCCUUAUCUGCUCCCCUUUCUCCCUGUAAAGCAGUUGUCUCAUCCUGAUCCUACCCUGUCUUCCUGUUCCCAGUCUCCAGCUUCACACUGUGUUGUGCUUAAUAAAAUGAACAUAUUUUUCUCUA